AUUCACUGGGUUUUUUCCCAAAAAAAAGAAAACAGUAACAAAUGCGAUGCGUAUUUAUAAAUCUGUUCAGAUCUGACGUCAUUUUUGGUCUUACAGAAACCUCACAGAUUUCUAUAGGUAUUCGUCGUAAUAUUUGGAUUGAACAGAAACAAGCAAAGUACAACAGUAUUUCACAAACGGAGAUCUCAUCAUUUCACACUAUUCAUCAUUAACAACAGUCGAAAAUACGAAGCCAACAACGAUGGAUACAUUCGUAAAUGCAUAUGAUGAAAAAAUUCGUCCUCUGAUGGACAAAAUAGAUCAAGCUCGAACCAUUUUAUCAUCGAGUAAUGAUGGUAUUAUUUUUCCCAAUGUGGUCGUAGUCGGCGAUCAGUCCAGUGGCAAAUCAACACUAUUAGAAGCAUUGUCUUUAGUUGAACUUCCAAAAGGUUCUGGUAUUGUUACAAGAUGUCCACUCGUUUUACGAUUACGUAAAGCCAAUGAACGACGAGUCUAUCACUUACAUAAUGAUAAUCGAAAAGUCCAAUUGGAUGAAUCGAAAUUAAAUAUCUUAGAUUAUAUCGAAGCAGAAACAAAAAAAUUAGCUGGUGUUCAUAAAAAUGUUGUUCAGGAUUUGAUCGAAUUACAAGUCGAAGAUCCAAAUGUACGUGAUUUAACUGUGGUCGAUUUACCUGGCAUCGCCAGAAAUCCUAUUGCCGAUCAACCACAAGACAUUCAUAAGCAAACAACCAAUUUGAUUCGCCAAUUUAUUCGUCAAGAAGGCAGUGUGAUUCUAUGUGUCUUUCCAGCAAAUGUCGAUAUCGCCACUGUCGAAUCAUUCACGUUAGCACGUGAAUUCGAUUCUGAAGGUAGUCGAACAAUUGGUGUUAUAACAAAAUCUGAUCUUGCUCCAGAUAAUACUGUAUUAGCUCAACAAUUACUAAUGGAAAAACCGGAUGUAUUUCAAUUAAAAUUAGGUUUUAUUGCUGUUCGUAAUCGAAGUACAGAUGAACGAAUUUCUCUUGAAGAUGCACGUAAACGUGAAGGAGAAUUUUUUCGUGAACAUUCCAUUUCAACUCUUGUCGGAUCAUAUUGUCUUGGUGUUGAUGCAUUAAUUAAUCGUUUAGCUGAUUUAUAUUCUGAUCGUGUUCGUGAAAUCUUUCCAAAAAUGAAAAAUGAUAUACAAAAAAAAUUAAAAGAAACUCGUGAACAAUUAGAAAAACUUCCACCAAGUUUAGAAACUGCUUCAGCACGUUUAACAAAAUAUUAUGAAUUAGCUGAAUUUUAUAUUGAAAAAAUUCUCAAACAACGUUUUACAAUUUCCAAUGAUGGUCAACAUUCUGUUAGUUUAGUCAAUCAUUUACAUAUAAAAUUGACACAAUUUGAAAAUGUUAUUUUUCGACAAAGUCAUGAAUUUUUUACAGAAGAAUAUCAUGUAAAAGUACGAAAUGCUAUGUCAGCAUGUUUUGGUGAACAACUACCAAAUUUUCUUCCACACCCUGUUCUUAGACGUUUAAUAGGAGAAAAACUUGAUCAACUUUGGUCGGUAGCAAAUUUACUCAUCAAUGAAUGUUUUAAGAAAACAAUGAAUAUUUUAUCGGAAAAUGAUUGUGAAGAAUGUCAUGAUGACAUUUUACUAUUAAAAUUGUUGCCGAUUUUUCGUCGUAUUGCUAUUUCGUAUUUGAAUGAUAAGAAACAAACAGUGAAUGAUCAACUUAAAGAACUUAUUCGGUUAGAAAAACAUGAUCCGUAUACAUUGAAUAAUUAUUAUAUGGAGACAAUUUCUAAAUGUAAAGAGCAUUUAGCAGAAAAACGAGCGAAAAGUACAACAGAAAUGAAGAAAUCUUCAUCGACAACAGAUCAUGAUGAUAUACUAAUGUUUGACUCGAUCUCAAAUGAUGAUCAAGCAGUACAAGAUAUGUUAAUCAGUAUAUAUGCCUAUUGGAAAUUGUUAGCCAAACGUUUUAUUGAUUAUGCAGCACUAUCUUUACGUGCUGGAUGUGUUUUUGACGUAUGUAGUGGUAUAGGAGAUCGUUUAAGACAAUUGCCUAUUAAACAAAAUGAUUUUGUUGAUACACAUCUGGCUGAAGACACGUUCAUUAGGAAUAAACGAAAACAAUUACAACAAACAAAAGAACGAUUGGAGAAAGUUUAUGCAAUACUUGGUGGCGAUUCUAUCACUGUGGAUGAUAAUGACACAUUGACGAAUAUGGAACCAAUGGGAUGUGAUACAACCAUGACUUUGGAUGAACUUUCAGAAAGCCUCUCUCGUGCUAGUAAACAUAAGACUAUUAACUCUUCAACUGUUACAGUGAACAAUUUGGUUACUGAACUAAGUUGGUUGCAGCCACAGACGGUUCCUACUAAUUCGAUACACAUCACAACGGCUGGAAGUGUUGACAGACGUUAA